CUGGCCCGCAACAAUUAUAAUCGAGCGCUCUCUCUCUCUUGCGCGCUUCGAAAUCGGUGAGUGAUAUAAUUGGAAUAUCAAUAAUGUUACGCUCGAGACUUCGGACCAUCAUAUCAUUCCCGGCACAAUGUAGAACGUUAGCUGCCGUCAAAAGGUUUUAUCGUAAAACUGGGAUAUUGUCAAGCAAUGACGAUAAGUAUGAAAUAACGUUGGAUCAAAAAAGAUUGAAAACACCCCUUGGAAAGGUGUUUGAAGUUAAAAGUAAGCCGCUGGCCUUGGCAGUAGCUCACGAAUGGGACAGUCAAAAAGAUGUGAUUAAUCGUAAUAUUAUGCAUUUAACUGCUCUUUGCAGUACAGUGAUAGAUAAUCCCAACAAACUGACUAAGGAGGAUAUAUCAAAAUAUAUUGUCAAUUAUUUGGAGACAGAUACUUUGCUAUUUCAAUCAAAUAAUAGCGACAAUUCACCAGAUUUGGAUGAAUUGUACAAGCUGCAGCAACGAAAGUGGGAUCCCAUGAUACAAUGGUUUUGUGAUCGAUAUCAGGUCGAUAUUGUUAAGACCAAAAGUAUAGAUGCUCCUAAAGUGCCUCAAAGCACAAAAGAUAAGAUCACAAAACAUUUAUUAUCUCAGAAUGAUGAUGAUGCAAUUUAUGGUUUCAUGUAUGGAGUAGACACCGUGAAAUCUGUUAUCUUAACUCUAGCAGCCUCUGAAAGAGUGAUUUCUGUCGAAGAAGCUGUUGAACUGUCUAGAUUAGAGGAAGAGUUUCAGAUUUCUCACUGGGGCAACGUGGAAUGGUCUCAUGAUCUCGCAAAGUAUGAUUUGCAAUCGCGAAUGGCAGCCGCGAUUCUGUUCAUCCACAUGAAUUCCAAUUUCAUGACUAGUCAACCAAAAACAAAAUCAACAAACAUCACGUGAAGGUAACUCAAUCCACUUGAUUGCAACAACUUUAAUUGUUAUCCUUGUGGCAUAAUGAUUCCGACAAACUGCAGUUUGCUGGCGUAGAACAGUCUGGUC